AUGGCGCCCCCAAGAAGGUUGGCCCUGCUCGCGACGCUGGCCGCGGCGCUGUCGGUGGUGACGGCCUCGACGUACUGCCAGUACGAAAAGCCCGCGGCCAAGCUGGUGACGGCGCCGGGCGUCGAGUACAAGGUGCUGCUGGAUGGCCUGUCAGACCCGCGCGGCCUCGUUGUAGACACGGAGGGCAAUUUGCUCCUGGUCGAGCGCGGUGGCGGCGGCAAGGGGGUGACGAGGGUGGUGCUCGAUGAUGGCCAUGGGGCCCAUGUCUGUUUCAAGUCGAAAUCACAGCUCGUUCCCGACUCCAAGCUCAAGCUCAACCAUGCCAUCGCUCUCUCCAAAGACGGCCGGACGCUCUUUGCGUCGUCGUUCUCGGAUGUUUAUGCUUGGAAGUACGACGCCGUCGAGGGCAAGGUCGGCCAGAGAAGACACGUCAUCACGGGCAUGAGGCAGGGCGGACACGCCACGCGCACGCUUCUGAUUCCAGAACUCAACCCCGACCUCCUUCUCGUCUCGCGCGGCUCCGACGGCAACGUCGACAAGGGCACGACGGACAUGGAUUCGGCGCGCAGCCAGAUCCGCGUCUUUAAGCUCGACGAGCUCCUCAACGCCGACUACCCAGUGCAGUACUCGAGUGGGGCAGUCCUCGGGUGGGGACUCCGCAAUAGCGUGGGCGUCACUCAGGAUCCCUCGACGGGCAACAUUUGGUCGGUUGAAAACUCGCUCGACGACAUGAAGCGCAGGGGCAAGGACAUCCACCAGUCUAACCCGGGCGAGGAGCUCAACUUUCACGGACGGCCCGAUGACACGUACAGCGACGUGUACGGCAAGAACUUUGGCUACCCGGUGUGCGUGACCAUGUACGACAGCUCCAACGUGGGCCGUUAUCCGGGCGGCGCCGAGACGGGCAAGCCGAUGGUGGGCGACCACAUGCCCAAGAACUGGACCGACGACUGGUGCCAACGGGAGACGGUGGCGCCGCGCAUCACGUUUGAGUCACACCUUGCGCCGCUGGACAUUAAGUUUCAGGACGACGGCUCGGCGGCGUACAUUUCUUUUCAUGGCAGCUGGAAUCGGCAACCGGCAGCGGGAUACCGCGUCAGCCGCGUGUCCUUUUCCGACGGCUUCCCCGUGCACGAGAGAAACAGCCGUGAGGCCGAGGAGAAGGUCAUUUGGAACGCCGACGAGUCCGUGUGCCCCUCUGGAUGCUUCCGGCCAGUGGGGCUGGCGAUGGGGAGGAGCGGCGAGAGACUGUUUGUGACGAGCGACGCAACGGGGGAGUUGAUUGUGGUGACGGGCUUCAAGGGGGAUUACGGACGGUCCCGUGGGAAGUCCAAGUCGCGGGGUGGACAGGGUUCAUGA